AUGUCGGAUCCUAUGAUGACGAACAUUUUGAAUUCUCUUCGAACUGGCCAAAACUUGCCACCAGAAAUUGUGAAUUAUAUGUAUAUCCAUGGUUCCUUUCUGGUAAAUACACUGUUGAAAAUCUGAAUCAGUGUUUGAUUUUCAGCUUUUCCUCGACUUCCCAGAAGGUUCAGAAUUCGGAAUUGAUUACAAAUCCUGGAAAACCGGUGAUAAAUUUCGAGGCCUCAAGAUGAUUCCUCCCGGUGUUCACUUUGUCUAUUGUAGCAUAAACUCAACUCCAAGGAUAGGAUUUUUCCACACCUUCAAAGCUGGAGAAAUAGUUGUUAAGAAAUGGAACAAACAGACUGAAGAUUUUGAAGAUCAAGAAGUUCCAGAAGACGUAGGAUUUUUAUCAGACUUGAUAAUAAAUACUUUGGGAAAAUGUUGAACUAUUUCCAGCAAUUACCAGAAAAACGUCAGCAAUUGAAAAAUCUCGAUUCAUGUCUUGCUCCAUAUCCAUUCGAAAACUACAGAAGUUGGUAUGCUCUCACAGAUUUUGUCACAGAAUCAACAGUCAAUCGGUAAUUUCACUUAUUCAAUUAGUUAAACUAGAUCAACUUGAUAUUCUCUUCAGAAUCAAACCAUUAAAAGGUCGAAUCACAGCGCAAGCAGAAUUAGUCAGUCUUGAAACAGCGUAUAUGGAAAAACCAGAGGACAAUCCUGAAGUCUCGUGUACUCAAACAGUUGAUCGAGAUCAUCCAAUCAGAACUCGUUUUGUUGAUCAACACGGUUUGCCAGUUAUGAAAAUUCGCGAAGGAUACGAGAUUCGUUUUCAAGAAAUUCCACAAUUGAGGGUGAGUCGAAAUAUGGGAAAUUUAGAAACAAAUAAAGCUUUUGAAAAAAUAUCUAACAUAAUAUAACACAUUUAUUGAUAAAUCUCUUCAAAUUAUACUAUUUUUGGGAUCAACGUUUUUUUGGUAAAAAUUUGUAAAUCUGGAAGAUCUUCCAGUUUUACAAAUUCUGUUUUUUCGAGCCAAAAUUCAUUAUAUCAGUCUGAAAUUGAUAUUAUUUCAUAUGUUGAGCAUUUAUUGAUUGCUGUAUUCAACUUAUAUUAACUCACCUAGGAGCGAACAGCUCCUAGUUUCAAAUAAAUUAUCCAAGAACAAUUCUGACGUGGAAAACAUGAUUUAUCAAAAAAAAACCUGGAAUUUCUCUGAAAAAUGUUCCACUAAAUUUUUUUAUCGUAAUUUUUUGGCUGAUAUUUUUUAUUGUUCAAAAUAAAAAAAAAACUCAACUCAUAAUAAUUAUUUAUAGGGAGAUAUUCCUCGAAUUGGAAUCGAACAUUCUGAUAGAUUAUUUCGCCUAACUCGUUCUCUCAAUGGAGAUUGGAAACAAUUAUUAGCCGAGCUUCAAAUCGCCUUCGUCUGUUUUUUGAUCGGACAAGUUUUCGAAGGAUUCGAGCAAUGGAAACGAAUUAUUCAUUUAUUAUGUUGUUGUCCGAAUUCAUUUGGAUCACAGCACGAUUUGUUUAUCUCAUAUAUACGAGUAAGAAAAAUAUUCCAAGAAUUAAAAAAAAAUCUAGAAUUUUUUUUAGGUAUUAUUUUUCCAACUGAAAGAAUGUCCUUCGGACUUUUUUGUCGACAUCGUUUCCCGUGACAAUUUCCUGACUACAACCUUAUCAAUGCUUUUUGCCAAUAUUAGAGGUAACUUUGUUUUUCCCGGGAAAAAUAAACGAGUAAAUAAAUAGUACGGAAUGUUGAUAAGAAGGAGAAAGUUACAGAUUCGGCGCACGCAAAAGAUGAUUUGAAGAAGAAAUCUGCACAAUUCAAGGCGUAUCUCACGAAACAAUUCAAAUGGGAUUUCGAAUGCGAGUAA